AUGAAUGAUUCAGGGGCAUCUGAACAGAAUGGCUUGGGACUUAUCACCGUUCCGAGAGACGAGCCUGAGGCUUCAGAGGGAAGGAAUGCUGACGGACUCAUAGCCCAAUUGAUACAACAAGUGGCCGAUAUGCAAAAUGAAAUUAAGCGAUUGCGAAAUCUCACUAACCUGUCCAUUACCCUCAACACUCCUCCUCAUGAACAAAGAACAAGUGCGGCAAUCCCACCAUCCUUUUCGCCUGUCGACUCGCCUGCCCCUCAACCAUUUCCCUCAAACCCUCCACUUCACACAAUCAAUCCAAACACUACUAAUUCACCUCCCGUCCCACAACAAACUAAUCCACAGCAAACCAUCUCUCAACAAUCUAAUCCACAACAAGCCACCCCACAAACAACUAACCUAGCCUUCCCGCAACAAAAUAACCCACAACGAGCCAUACCACAACAAAAUAACCCGCAACAAGCCAACCCGCAACCAGUCAAUCCACAACAAGUUAACUUUCAACAAGCUAAUCCAUUACCCUUCACCACCCCAUAUAUUCCUCAGCCUUCAGUUAUCCAAAACAUCCCACUCAACCAGACUACCCCACUUACCCAAAGCUACCAAGCAACCCAACACAUACCUUUGGCACACGCCGCUAACCAUAACACGCAGUAUGUGCCACCGGUAUAUGUAGCGGAAGCUCAACCCUUCACUACCACAUUACAAGCCGUGCCGCAACCAGAGGCUGAUCCUUAUGAGGAGAUAGAAAGGGAAGCUAGGGCAAGAGCGGAAGAGAACGUUGCAAAGGAGAUUCGUAGUCUGAAGGAAGCAUUUAGAAGCAUCCAAACUCACAAAGGAUGUGAAGGACUGGAAUACGAGGAUCUGUGUAUUCAUCCCGACAUUGAGUUGCCUGCUGGAUAUAAGGUGCCGAAAUUUGAUAUGUUUGAUGGAAAAGGAAAUCCUCGGGCUCAUUUGAGAUCGUACUGUGACAAGCUUGUUGGAGUAGGGAAAGAUCAAGCCAUUAGGAUGAAGCUGUUUAUAAGGAGCUUAACAGGAGAAGCGCUUGAUUGGUACACAUGCCAAGAUCCGCAGAAGUGGCGUAGUUGGGGAGAGAUGGCGCAAGAAUUCAUGGAUAGGUUCAGGUUUAACACUGAAACUGUCCCAGACAGAUUCUAUCUGAUGAAGUUGGAAAGGAAGUCAACAGAAACUUUCAGAGAGUAUGCUAUGCGGUGGAGAGCAGAAGCCGCAAAGGUCCAGCCUCCGAUGGCGGAAAGUGAGAUGACGACGCUUUUUGUACAAUCUCUAAAAGAUGCAACAUACUACGAAAGGUUGAUAAGCGUCAUCGGGCAAAAGUUUUCUGAAGUUAUCAGGAUGGGAGAUUUCAUAGAAGAAGGUAUCAAGACAGGAAGAAUCACAAAUUUGGCAGCCUUGCAAGCAACAAGUAAGGCAAUUCAAUCAGAUUCAAUUGGGGGAGCAGUUAAGAAGAAGAAGGACGGAGUGUCCGCGGUCAUGACCAUCCAGGAACGGAUACUCCAACCGAUUCAAGGAAGAGUUCCUAACCCCCUUCCUGGAUGGUAUGAUGGGACUAAGCAUUGUGCGUAUCACUCAGGAGUUGCCGGACAUGAUACUGAAAAUUGCCUUACUCUUAAAGAUAAAAUUGAGGCGUUGAUCAAAGAAGGAGUCAUCCAGCUCAAAGGGGCUCCCCCAAAUAUAAAUGACAAUCCUCUGCCCAAUCAUGGUGAUGCAAAUGUGAACAUGAUCGCCAUUGAUGAAGAAUGUAACCUGGAAGGGACUAUUGUACCAGUCAAAAAAGAGGAAAAGGUUGAAUCAUCAGCCUUUAUCGCUCCCGUAAUUACAGUUCAAGUGAGGGCACCGAUUGAAGUGGAAGUGCUCACUCCCAGGCCUAAGAUCACAGCCUUAGUUGCUCAGGCACCUUCUUUCAACACCAAAGCAGUUCCUUGGAAUUACUCGGCUGAUGAAAGGAACAAAGGAAAGGCAAAAUUGGUUGUAGAAACUGUUGCUGCCGGGAUGACAAGAUCUGGGCGGUGUUAUGCCCCCGAAGAGGUAGCGCGAGGGCCACCGAGUAAAGAAAAUAACCAAAAGAAGGCUGUGACCGAGGCUGAAGUAGAAGAAUUUUGGAGGAAGAUGCCAACUAAAGAAUAUUCUGUGGUAGAACAACUGAAGAAAACACCAGCCCAAAUUUCUUUAUUAUCAUUAUUGAUGAAUUCUGAAACCCACAGGAGCGCUCUAGUGAAGGUACUGAAUGAAGCUUAUGUUCCAGCUGAGACCUCUAGCGAGAAAUUUUCAGCCAUGGUUGGAGAAGUCCUGGAAGCCCACAAAGUCUCUUUUCAUGACGAUGAGUUACCACCUGAAGGUUUGGGGUACAACAAGGCAUUGAACAUCACAGUCAAAUGCAGAGAUAAGUUCAUUUCUAAAGUAUUUAUUGAUGGAGGUUCAGCUGUUAACAUAUGUCAUGUCGUUACUCUUCGAGCUUUAGGAAUUGACAUCGGAAAACUUCGUGAUAGUCACGUGAGGGUCAAAGGUUUUGAUGGAGCUCAAAGGGGGUGUCGUAGGGGAAAUUGA